UACUUUGAAGACUAAGGGAAACUCUUGUCACUUUAAGUCCAUUCCCUCACGUACGACCAACAACAUUUCAAUCAUCAAGCUUCCGAAAACAAUUGUGAGCGAAGUCGCACUUGGAGUGGAAGAAUGUCCUCGAACAACAUGGCGGAUCCCAGGAGACAAAACAAGAUCUUGCGGUACAAGCCCCCCACUACGGAGUCCAAUCCCACACUGGAGGACCCCACCCCGGACUACAUGAACCUGCUGGGCAUGAUCUUCAGCAUGUGUGGACUCAUGCUCAAGCUGAAGUGGUGCGCGUGGAUCGCCGUCUACUGCUCCUUCAUCAGUUUCGCCAACUCCAGAAGCUCCGAGGACACCAAACAGAUGAUGAGCAGCUUCAUGUUGUCCAUCUCAGCCGUGGUCAUGUCGUACCUACAGAACCCUCAGCCCAUGUCGCCGCCGUGGUAAGCGAGAAGGGGGCGCGGCCACAGCUGUAAACAAAGGAAACCGCAUGGAAAGUUCAACGAAGACGAGACGAGAGGGACGCCCGUCCGCCCGCCCGGCCGGCCGGCCGUCUCGCUUCCACCUGUUUUGGGUUACUUGAUGUUUUGCUACUCAAUACAUUGGAAUACAAAAAAUAAAAUAUCACACUUGGUCACAUUG